GAGGGGGGGGGGGGGGGGGUCGACCAGUUGCUGCUGCACACUCGGAACUACAAACACGGCAGGUACGAUUCGCAUCUUUGCCGAACAUGUUGCUAAUAACGCACACGCAUAACGUCAACACAACAAGAUGGAGGUCUGCGUGUAGUCGCGAUGUUGGUGUUGCCGUCGCCGCGUUGAUUUGUCGGGACGACGCCGAGUAGGAUGUUACUCGCGUCCGCCGUGGUCGUCUGGGAAUGGCUGAACGAGCACGGCCGCUGGCGGCCCUACAGCCCGGCGGUAUGUCACCACAUCGAGGCGGUCAUCCGGAGCGAGCCGCGCUGCGCUAGCGUGGUCCUCGGCCAGGUGGACUCGCGUCUCUCGCCCUACAUCAUCGAUCUGCAGUCCAUGCACCAGUUCCGUCAGGACACGGGCACCCUUCGAGCGGUCCGCCGCAGCUUUUACGAGCCCACAUCAGCGCCCGGCCAAGGUUGGCUGUGGGAGUGGGAGAACGACGUGGGCAGUUGGACGGCGUACGACACGGAGGUGGGCAUCGCCAUCCAGGCGGCGCGCGACCGCCAGCAGCCCUGGCUGGACCUGGCGCCGCUGGGUUUCUGUUACCUCAUUGACUUCGGAAGCAUGACCCAAAUCAACGGGCAGACCCAACGCUGCCGCCGCAUCCAGCGACGCGCUGAUUUGGCGUACCCCUUGGUGUCGGGGCCCCUGCCUAAAUCCCACCACGCGUGGGCGCCCACGUCCGUGGCUCCCCCCGGAGGAUCCGCAGAUGUUCCUGCAGUGGGUGCGGCAAUCAGGAUGGGCGGCACGGGGAGAGGCAAUGGGAGUGCGUACCCCAGCGGGGCGCUACCCGCUUCGGCGAUCACCUCUUUGGGAGCACCCUGUGCCUGCCAGCAGUGCAUGCUGUUGCUCAGUGUCAAGGUGGGCACUGUGUCGAGUGCUCAAACGCUGGGUCGGAGACCGCCGCAGACUAAACCGCCCAGUCCCAAACUUAACAGCCACCUGAUCCCUGGUGGGGCCUUGUCACUCACCCUCCCACGGUUGCCCUCCAUCUCACGGUCGCUGUCCCCUCACAGGACGUCCAUAGUCGGGGCGACGGGCGGUCCCAGCAUAACGGGCAGCGGUCUUGGUUUGGGAAGUGCGGGUUCAGGCACAGGCUACGCGCACUCGCUCUCCCUUCUCAGCGCAGCCACCACUACCCUGUCCCUCAACUCCGGUCGCCCGCCGCCCCCAUCGCUUCCCCCACCGCCGCCGCCCCCGCUCAACACCCCGCCUCACCCUUCCCCCUCGUCGCCCUCUUCGGCUCCGGCGGUGCCCACUACGGGCCCGCCUCUCGCAUUGGCCCGCGCACCUUCACCAUCUGCCCGCGUCCUGGGGCCUCUGACUACGUCUCUGCCGCCGCGGUCUGGCCUGGCAGGGCUGAGCCGACCGGCGCUGCAGCGUCUCGCCAUGGCUCAGUCGCGGGCCCUUAUCGCCUCGGGGGUGCCAACUGUCCCUGUCAAAAACCUGAAUGGCUCCAGCCCUGUGCACCCUGCCCUGGCUGGGAUUACCGGAAUCCUCAUGAGCGCAGCGGGCCUUCCUGUCUGCUUGACCCGUCCUCCCAAGCUGGUGCUCCAUCCACCGCCGGUCAGCAAGAGCGACAUCAAACCCGUGCCAGGCCUGGGCCACUGUUGUCGCAAAACCACCAAGAAGCAGGCCCGUAAAGGUAGGACCCCCGAGGAGGUGGUGAAGAGAUACCUUCAGAAAGUCCGCAAUCCCCCUGAAGAGGACUGCACCAUCUGCAUGGAAGUCCUGUCGGGCCCGUCGGGCUACAAAGGCCCCGGCGUGGGUGGCAUUUCUCGCGCCGAGUCGGUGGGUCGUCUGGCGCAGUGCGGCCACCAGUACCACCUGCAGUGCCUGGUGGCCAUGUACAACAACGGUAACAAGGACGGCAGCCUGCAGUGCCCCACGUGCAAGACCAUAUAUGGCGUCAAAACCGGGAACCAGCCUCCCGGCAAGAUGGAGUACCACGUCAUCCCCCACUCGCUCCCCGGACACCCCGAUUGCAAAACCAUCCGCAUCAUUUACAACAUUCCUCCUGGCAUUCAGGGCCUGGAGCACCCAAACCCCGGCAAACCCUUCACAGCCCGUGGCUUCCCGAGACACUGCUACCUCCCGGACAGCGACAAAGGACGAAAGGUUCUGAGGCUGCUCUUGGUGGCGUGGGACCGCCACCUCAUAUUCUCCGUGGGCACAUCCAGCACCACUGGCGAAUCGGACACGGUCAUCUGGAACGAAGUGCACCACAAGACGGAAUUCGGCUCCAACUUGACGGGCCACGGCUACCCUGACCCGGGCCACCUGGACAAUGUUCUGGAGGAGCUCAAGGCUCAGGGCAUCACCGAGGACGAAUGUCUUCCCAGAGAAUGAACCAAACGUGAAAACGGUUCAUAAGGAAACGCAUUUUCGGAGGUGGUCAGGAUUUUUACCUUCAAGCAGGGGUGGGACAGCCGAGCUUUUGGUCUUCCCCGCCCGCCGAGCCUCAGAGGACCUUAUUUAAGAAAGCCCCCCAAAACGCACCUACUUUGGCAUACUCGCACAUAGCCGCCGUUUAAUAGCGUCGAAAUGACUGGAAAACGACUUUUAUUUGCACUGUUAAGCUCCCAAACACCAAUUUCAUGUAAAAUUACCGACAGAGCGGCAAACCUUUUAACCGUCGUUCAUGCGUGAACACAGUCGUUUCGGCUGGGACGUACUAGCGUAUGCUAAAACUUAGCAUCCGUCUAAGCGUUUUCACACUUUUUUUCAGCGUUAACAUAGAAAACAGCGACGCGGUUGUUUCAGUGUGUCUUUUUAGGUUAAAAAAAUGCUGCCGUCAUGUGAAAUAACAGAAAACACGUUUUUAACCCGGCCGCCAUGCGUUAACGUUGCCGAAGGCGGUACUUUCCUUCCUUGUGCCCAUCGUCAAGUGCACCCGUCUAUGGGUCGACGUGUUACACGUUUACUCGGAAACUGAUAAGGCAGUUGUCAGGUUCCAAAAGGAUGAUGUCAUGUAAAAUAGCCAACAAAACGACAUAUUUAAUCCGUCCUUCAUACGUAAACGAACCCUAAAAUAGAAAUGUAGCUUUGGAAGCGGUAAUCCAAGGUUUGCGUAACAUUUAGUUUUAGUUGCUGUUUGCAUUUUUUUUGUACAUUUUAACAAUGUUGUAUUUGAUCCUCCCAAACGCUUAAUCCUUUCCAUAAAAAAAACAUUUAUACUGUCAUUUUCUGAUUCCAAAUGUCAUGUAACCAACGAAACAACAAUGAAUUUUUGAGUCCACUUCAAACGAAAAAAUCGCAACUACUACGUAACAUUGCCCGCCCCCCCAUAAUUUCAAGAUGGUGCUCUGAGGACUUUCCCCACCCCUGUCUUAAGGAACAGUGACAAAGAAAAAACAAAACAAAAAAACAUGUCAACCGUAAUCGGCUGCAUGACCUGCGAUAUUGCAUUUUGACACUAAUGUGUACAUCCGGUACAAUUCAGUCAGUGUUCAAUUAGUUGAUACUGUGAGACUUGAUGUCAAGAAUGUGAAUGCCACACUGGCGACUUCAUUUAAGCAUGGAUGUUUGCUGACCUCUACCGUUAUUUUUUGGCAACUACAUUCCAUUUUGUUCACUUUGGUGACCUUUUGAUUUGAUAUUUAUUUAUUUUAGGUACAGGCAGACAUUUCUUAGUUACUGAUGCAUCGUUUUUAUUUUAUUGUCAUUUUUGCUAUAAAAUGGUAUAUGUCACUAUUAAAAGCAUUUAUAUUUUAAGUAUGGGUGUAUCAACCUUGUAUGUAUGUAUGUGUUAUAUAUGUGCACAAAUUGGCAUUAAAGUUUGUUUUCUCUGUGUUAUUUUUAAACCA